AAAAUAUAUUUAGUUGAUAUUGUAGAUUUCGACUUCUAAAGUUAAAUGGCAAGUUUUUGUUUCAUAUGCUCUAUUUACAAAAAAGUUCAUUUCCUAAAUAAGUAUUCGGGCGAAACAUUCAAAUUCAAACUAAGCAUUGAUAAAUGACAGCCAGGCGUACGAAUGGAUUUGACGAUAUUUAUUUUGUCACAUGAUUGUUUUUUUGAUAGAAUUUUUUGUUUUAACCGAUCAGGAAUAUAAAUUUUUUAUCUAAACUUUAUACACAAUUUAUUUGCAGAAAAAACAGCGGUCGUUACAAUGCACAAGCAGAUUUAUAUAUUCAGCACGCAUAAAUUUUGGUGUAAGUCACCGACGUUUCAAUUACGCUCCAUAUUAUGUAGCUAGUUGUUCCGCCUCUGAGCACAUCUCUCUCCUGCAUGUUUUAGGAUUAGCGUCAAAUUUCAUCAGUUUCUCACGAAGUCGUUUUUCGUUAAGUAAAAACAAUUGUUUCAUAUAAAUAAAACACAAUCCAAAGAACAACAGUAACAUAAUAGCUCAUAAUGUCUGGCGUGAUAUUUGAUAAGAUUUGAAAAAAACGAAUCUAUUAACAAGUUUCAGUGUCUAAACUUUUUAUGAAAGGAACAGGAAAAGACACGCAAGCAAAGAAUAUGAAAUCUAUAAAUUAAAACAAGGUUCAAUUUGUGAUAAGAAGCAGGAAAAGUUUUGAAUGGAACGGUAAUGGGAGAUCAGUCGCGUCCGCUAUCAGGAGUGCUUCAUCAUGCAAUAGCUACAGGUGACAUCAGUAAAGUUGAGGCGUUACUUAAACAGGGCGUUUGCGCCAACGCCCCGAUUCACUUAAAAGGGAAUUUAUUCGACGCAGUUAAUCGCAGGAGCAUGACUAAUUCGAUUAGUUCACGACAGAGCACGACAGGAUCUGUGCUUGAUCCGAUAAACGAAAGCACACCGCAAGUUGAAGUAAAAUGCGAAACGAAAUUAAGCAAAACAGAUAUCGAGGAUGACUUAAUCAAAUCGGGUGAUGAAGAAGAACAUGUUGAAGGUGACGUGACGGAUUAUUUAAAGAACAGUCAAGACGAUAAUGAUGGCGAGAAAAUGAACAGCAACAAAGAGAUGAUAGAUGAUGAAAGUUUGCAAGACGCUGAGGAUAUCAUUAACAGUUUAACACCACAGCCUGUAACUACUUUUGAGGUUGAUCAAAACGAUAACAAUAAUCGUAAAAGUAUUGCAGACGUAAUUGAUGAGAAACUCAAUGAUGAUAACGAGACUUUGAUAGAACGUAAUGCUUCGAUUAAGAAAACGACGGCAACCGACUCAAAUGUCAUAUGUGUGGACGGCAUUUGUGAAGAAAAACCGAAAAAGCUUUUACCACGAAUCAAACGAAAGAUUUCGAUUAAAUGGAGAAAGCCAAAGAAGGAGGAGAAGGAGGGUGAUGAUGUGGACGACGACGAUAUGUUGUAUGAGAAUAUGCCGACGGCUGUUAAUGUCGACGACGAACAAUUAAAUGAAAAUUACGAAGGCAUUGCAUUUUUUGAUGCUGUCCGAGACGGUAUGGACAUGAUAGUUCAAACUUUGCUCGAGACAAGUAAUAACUACCAACUCGAUGAACCAGACGAAGAUGGCUUCACACCAGCAAUGCAAGCAGCUUGGCAUGGCCAAAAAGAUUGUUUACAAAUCCUGUUGGAUCACGGGGCAAAUAUUACACAAGCAAACGCCACUGGUUGUACUGCGGCGCAUUUUGCUGCCGGCCAAGGCCACCUUGAAUGUUUAAAAAUGCUUAUUGAGGAUGGUGAUAUAGACGUGGAUACAAGAACAAAAUUUGGAGCUACGGCUUUAAUACUAGCAGCAAAAGGCGGCCACACUGAAUGUGUUGAAUUUCUGUUGGAACAUAAAGCUGACCCAAACAUACAAUACCGUGGCAAUCAAAACUCCCUCCUUUUUGCUGCCGGUAAUGGACAUUAUGACUGCAUACAAGCUCUCAUGAAAUGGAAUGUACAUUUAGAUCAACCAAAUUCACAGGGCGUAACAUCUCUGAUGAGGGCAGUUCAACAGGGUCACAUUACAACUGUUGUAUUACUUAUAGACAGUGGCGCAAAUUUGGAUAUGCAAGAUGUUACUGGCAGAACUGCCGCCCACUUUGCUGUUGAACAUAAUAACACAAAAGCUUUAAAACUUUUACUGCAAGCAGGCGCUAUUCACGAUAAGAAAACGAAGGGCGGCAGUACGCCAUUAAACUAUGCUGAACGGUUCCAAAACGCAAAAUGUAGCGAGUUACUAGAGCAGCAUAUAAAAACAUUGAAAGAAAAAGCUGUGAUUGAACGCGAGGUUGAGAUGCAACGAGUGAAAGAAGAACAAACAACUACAUGUAUGUUAUUCAAAAAUAUAUUUCGACGCAAAGCAAGGAGUAAAAAUGUUUAAAAAGAAACACUCUCCUAGGUUUACUGGCGACGUAGGAAUAUUUUGAGAUCAUAUAAGGGAAGGAGGAGCUUGCUAUGUUUCAUUUUUGAUGUGAUAACAUAAAAUGUAUGAAUUGGUUAAGUCCGUCAUGAUUCUUAAGUUUUUUCUAAACUUUGAAAGAUGAGAACUUUGCAAUUUACAUACAUAUACUUACAAAAAAUGAUGCAUUAUUUUUUAUAAACUUGCUUGCUCGUCAUUUUUGGUGAAGUUUUAAAAUGUGCCAGGAAACCUUGAAAAACCUGUUGAUAAAAUGUAUAUAGGCGUUAAUAUAUCUUUUGUUAAAUAUAUCGAAAAAAUGUUGUUAUAGAAAAAGCA